UAAGAGCCUUUAUUUUAAUCAAGUCUGCAAACUCGGUCUCUCUGCAUGUCCAACAUAUUGGAAUAACCUACCUGAGAGCCCUGAGCUCAAUUAGAAUAGGGUUUUAUAGUAGUAAAGGUGGGUCUGAGGGUUUUUUGAGGUUUUAAGACCCCUGAUUGGCUGACAUUUGUAUAGGGUUUCCUAGUGACUGUGGGCUGGUAGAUGUUUCUAUCUGCAGUGGCUGGAACGCCAGGAAUUUCCUGUGAAUCGUCUGUUCUUGGGUGGGGGUCCCGUGAUUUCAUCUAGGCAUCGUCUCAGGGUAAACAGUUGAGACUCCAGCCUCCACUGAAUUUCAUCGAUGGCCAGAGUCCCAUGUGAUAAGGGUUGGAGGAAGAACUUCCUUUGGGUGACUUGCCCAGACUUAGAUUAUCAUGGCUGGUCCUCACAAUAUCAAAUCAAGUCGGAGGAAUUUUGUUUUUGCCAUCAUUUCCCCAAUCCUAAAACAGUUCUUUGCACAACGACAUUAAUGAAUACUAAAUAUGAACUUGAUGAAACAGUUCCUUGCCGCAAAAAAACCUCUCUUCUAGGGCUGAAGAGAUGGCUCAGAGUUUAAGAGCACUGCCUGCUUUUCCAAAGGUCCUGAGUUCAAUUCCCAGCAACUACCUGGUGGCUCACAGCCAUCUGUAAUAGGGUCUGGUGCCCUCUUCUGGCCUGCAGGCAUACAGACAGAAUAUUAUAUACAUAAUAAAUAUUAAAAUAAUAAACAAUAAACAAAAAAACCCUCUCUUCUAUUGAGACAUAAUUAAAAUGAAAUUGGUCUAUUUAGUAGGAAUACACGAACCCCUAAAUCUUCCCAAAAGAUUAACAUAGGCAGAUGAGAUGUAAUGGCUAAUGAGACUAGGCUAAUAAACGCAAUAUUUAAGACUUGUAAACUAUAGUGUUUUACAGAAUUGUGAGAUUAUUAUAAUCGACCAAAGAAGCCACAUCUUGUCAAUUACUCCUUCCUCGCCUAGAGAACUUUACAGAGAAAUUUUUGUUUCAUUUCCUUAUUCCCUCUUUCUAGAGUGCUGACGGUCGACUGGCUGUGAAUGAUAUCACCCAAGUCGGGUGUGUAACUCCGUUUAGUCCCGGAGUCUGCGUAGAGAACGGCUAGCGGGACAGGCGCAUGCGCACCGCCUACCGCGCCGCACGAUGGACGCCAGCCAUUUUGUCACCCGUACACCCCCGAUUUAGGGGUGCUAGCGGACGCAGCCGCGGCUUCCGGAAAACAGUGGCCACAAAACGGUGUAAAUUUCCCAGUCUUCUGCGAGCUAAAGGCUCCAAGGGAGCCACCCCGCUAGGAAGCGGAAGGCAGUGCGGGAGCGCUACGCAUCUCCAGCUUCCCCAGUCCCGCAUCCCCUUUCCCCAGGUUUUCCUCCCAACCCGCUCGGCGCAGACCUAACGCGCAGGCGCACGAGGGAACGCCGCACCUCUUCAGCGCUCAGGGCUGGGCGACUCUUGCGCGCGCUUCCCCGACGCCUCCCGUGAUUGGCCAGAUCGCAGGGCCAUCAGGGCCUCAAGGGCGAGGAGGAAGCGGAGAGGCGGGGUUAGCGCGCGCGUGCGCGUGCGCGUUGCUUUUGCUGGUCCUCUGCUGCUAUUGCGUUGCAAAAAAAAAAAAAAAUUUGUGACUCGGGCGCCGUGGGCCUUCUCUGGGGCAGCGAGCCUAGAGGACAGCGUCCCGCCACCCGAGAGACGGUCGGGCGGCGUCGCGCUCCCGAUGCCGAGGCCGCCCGGGCUCGCCGGAGUCCGGCCGACGGGAUGAGGGAAGGGCCUUGAGAGUUGAGGGCCGUGCGGCUAAACGUGUUGGCUUCGGCCGCCGGGCGUUUGGCAGGGCGUCGCAUGGUCCCGGCCGCCGGUUCAAGCACGACCCCCGAACCCUAGUGACAACCCUGGGCCGCCGCAGCCCCGCCUCGGCGCGCGUGGGGGCCGCCCGCGUGCCCCGCUAGUCCUGCCUCCCGGAGAGCCCGGCGCGUGCAGCAUCCCCACCCCCUGGCCUCCCUCCCUCCCACGGCUCUCACGCACUCGCACUGAUUGUUUUGCCCGCUCCCGCCGCCGUCGCCGCCGCCACAGGACCAGCGGCGCUUGUGCAAACCGGGAAGAUGGCGGCCGGCGGCGGCGGAGGCAGCAGUAAGGCCUCCUCCUCGUCGGCCUCGUCCGCCGGGGCCCUGGAGUCCUCGUUGGAUCGAAAAUUCCAGUCGGUGACCAACACCAUGGAAUCCAUUCAGGGCCUGUCGUCCUGGUGUAUAGAGAACAAGAAGCACCACAGCACGAUCGUCUACCAUUGGAUGAAGUGGCUGCGGAGAUCUACAUAUCCCCACCGUUUGAAUCUCUUUUAUCUUGCCAAUGAUGUCAUACAGAAUUGUAAGAGGAAAAAUGCAAUCAUAUUCCGUGAAUCAUUUGCUGAUGUGCUUCCCGAAGCAGCUGCUCUAGUGAAGGAUCCAUCCGUCUCUAAGUCAAUAGAGCGAAUCUUUAAAAUCUGGGAAGAUAGAAAUGUGUACCCAGAAGACAUGAUUGUGGCAUUGAGAGAAGCUUUAAGUACCACUUUCAAAACUCAGAAGCAGCUGAAAGAAAAUCUGAACAAACAACCGAAUAAGCAGUGGAAGAAAUCACAAACAUCCACGAAUCCAAAAGCUGCUCUCAAAUCUAAGAUAGUUGCUGAGUUUCGAUCUCAGGCCUUCAUUGAAGAAUUGUUGACAUACAAACGAUCAGAAGAUCAGAUAGAACUGAAGGAGAAACAGUUGUCAACUAUGAGAGUGGAUGUUUGCAGCACAGAAACUCUCAAGUGUUUAAAAGAUAAAACAGGGGGAAAGAAGUUUUCCAAAGAAUUUGAAGAAGCAAGUUCAAAGCUAGAGGAGUUUGUGAAUGGAUUAGAUAAACAGGUGAAAAACGGGCCCUCCCUAACAGAAGCACUAGAAAAUGCUGGAAUUUUCUAUGAAGCACAGUACAAGGAAGUGAAAGUGGUGGCCAACGCUUAUAAAACCUUCGCUAACAGAGUAAACAACUUAAAGAAGAAGUUGGAUCAAUUGAAGUCAACCCUUCCUGAUCCCGAGGAAUCGCCAGUUCCUUCUCCAAGUAUGGAUGCUCCUUCCCCAACUGGUUCUGAGUCUCCGUUUCAGGGAAUGGGAGGUGAGGAAUCCCAGUCACCAGCCAUGGAGAGUGAAAAAUCUGCCACACCUGAGCCUGUGACAGAUAACCGUGAUGUGCAAGACAUGGAACUCUCUGAUGUAGAAGAUGAUGGAUCAAAAAUCAUUGUAGAGGACAGGAAAGAAAAACCUCUGGAAAAACCAGCUGUCUCCACUUCUGUACCCACAAAGUCAACAGAAAGUGUCUCGAAGGCCUCACCGUGUGCCCCAGCAACUGUGCCCACGACAGCAGCUCCACCUCUUCCAAAGCCCAUGAACACUUCGCUUCUGUCCCCUUCCCCUGCUUUGGUUUUGCCAAACCUGGCAAAUGUGGAUCUGGCAAAAAUUAGUUCCAUCCUUAGCAGCUUAACUUCAGUCAUGAAAAACACUGGGGUCAGUUCUGCAUCAAGACCUUCUCCAGCAACACCUACCAGUCCUUGCAACCUCACCAGUGGCCUGAAAACACCUGCUCCUGCCACAACAACAUCUCACAACCCUCUGGCAAAUAUCCUCUCGAAGGUGGAGAUCACCCCAGAGAGCAUUCUCUCUGCUCUUUCCAAAACCCAGACACAGUCAGCCCCUGCACUCCAAGGCCUGUCAUCUUUACUUCAGAGUGUUACUGGGAACCCAGUGCCGGCCAGUGAUGCUGCAUCCCAGAGCUCUACAACGUCCCCUGCUAGCACCACAGGUUCUACCAUAAAGGGGCGAAACCUGCUCUCCAAUACGCAGUCCUUUAUUUCCAAAAGCUUCAACUAUUCUCCUAACUCGUCAACUGCUGAAGUCUCUUCAACUUCAAGCAAGGCACCGGUUGGGCAGAGCCCAGUGCUCCCCAGCACUCCUUUUAAAUUACCGUCCAGUACUUUAGGAUUUACAGGUACCCACAAUACUAGCCCUGCUGCCCCACCUGCUGAAGUUGCCAUGUGCCAAUCCUCAGAGGUCUCCAAGCCAAAGCUGGAAUCAGAGUCUACUUCCCCAAGCCUGGAAAUGAAGAUCCACAACUUCUUAAAAGGUAAUCCUGGUUUCAGUGGCUUAAAUUUAAACAUCCCAAUCCUGAGCAGUUUGGGAUCCAGUGCCCCAUCAGAGAGCCAUUCCUCAGACUUCCAGCGUGGUCCCACUAGCACUUCAACAGACAACAUUGAUGGAACCCCUGUUCGGGAUGAACGAAGUGGGACGCCCACCCAGGAUGAGAUGAUGGACAAGCCCACAUCCAGCAGUGUAGAUACUAUGUCCCUGCUAUCUAAGAUCAUCAGCCCUGGUUCCUCAACACCCAGCAGUACAAGAUCACCACCCCCUGGAAGAGAUGAAAGCUACCCUCAAGAGCUCCCCAAUUCUGUGUCUACGUAUCGGCCCUUUGGCCUGGCCAGUGAUUCUCCCUACAAGCAGCCUUCGGAGGGAGUAGAGAGACCAUCUUCCCUGAUGGAGUCGUCACAGGAAAAGUUCUUCCCUGAUACUUCUUUCCAGGAAGAUGAGGAUUACCGAGAUUUUGAGUAUUCAGGGCCUCCCCCCUCUGCCGUGAUGAACUUAGAGAAGAAACCAGCCAAAUCCAUCCUGAAGUCAAGCAAGCUUUCUGACACCACUGAGUAUCAGCCAAUCCUGUCCAGUUAUAACCACAGGGCCCAAGAGUUUGGGGUAAAGUCUGCCUUCCCUCCAUCUGUAAGGGCCCUCCUUGACUCUAGUGAGAACUGUGAUCAGCUCUCAUCUUCCCCUGGGCUGUUUGGUGCCUUCAGCAUAAGAGGGAAUGAACCUGGGUCUGAUCGGUCACCGUCACCGAGUAAGAAUGAUUCAUUUUUCACCCCUGACUCCAACCACAGUAACUUGUCUCAGCCUACUACUGGGCAUCUCACUUUGCCACAGAAGCAGUACCCAGACUCUCCUCACUCAGUCCCACAUCGUUCCCUUUUCUCUUCGCAGAAUACCCUUGCUGCUCCAACGGGACACCCUCCCACAUCAGGUGUGGAAAAAGUCCUGGCCUCCACGAUUUCCACCACAUCAACGAUUGAGUUUAAGAAUAUGCUUAAAAACGCCUCGCGCAAACCCUCAGAUGAUAAGCAUUUUGGCCAGACCCCCAACAAGGGUACUUCAAGUGAUGGUGUCAGUCUGUCAAACCUCACCCAGCCCAGCUUGCCUACUCCUGACCAGCAACAGGAAGAACACUAUCGCAUAGAAACCCGCGUCUCUUCCUCCUGUUUAGACUUGCCUGAUAGCACAGAAGAAAAGGGAGCCCCCAUAGAAACUCUGGGUUAUCAUAAUGCAGCCAAUAGGAGGAUGUCAGGGGAGCCAAUACAGACUGUAGAGUCCAUACGAGUUCCUGGGAAGGGAAAUAGAGGACAUGGGCGAGAGGUUUCAAGAGUAGGUUGGUUUGAUCUGAGCACACCAGGCAGCUCUUUUGACAAUGGUCCCUCAGGUGCCUCUGAGUUGGCAUCCCUUGGGGGUGGGAGCAGCGGAGGCCUCACUGGCUUUAAGACAACGCCAUACAAGGAACGGGCACCCCAGUUUCAGGAGAGUGUCGCCAGCUUUCAUUCCAGCAGUUUCAACUCAACAUUUGAGCAUCAUCUCCCCCCAUCCCCUUUGGAACAUGGGACACCCUUCCAAAGAGAGCCAGUGGGGCCGUCAUCUGCCCCACCUGCCCCUCCUAAGGAUCAUGGUGGUAUCUUCUCUCGAGAGGCACCCACUCAUCUGCCCUCUGUGGAUCUUUCGAACCCCUUUACAAAGGAGGCAUCUCUGGCCCAUGCUGCUCCACCACCUCCUCCUGGAGAGCACAGCGGAGUUCCUUUCCCUCCCCCGCCCCCUCCUCCACCCCCUGGGGAACUUAGCAGCAGUGGAGGGAGUGGUGUCCCCUUUGCUACUCCACCCCCUCCUCCGCCUCCUGUUGACCACUCUGGGGUUGUACCUUUCCCAACACCACCACUGCCAGAGCAUGGAGUGACUGGGCCUGUGGCAGUUUUUCCCAAGGACCAUAGUUCCCUCCUUCAAGGGACCUUGGCUGAGCAUUUUGGGGUGCUCACAGGACCCAGGGACCUCAAUGGCCCUGGUCUUAGCCGUGCACGAGAGAGCCUGAGCCUGCCUUCCCGCCCUCUGGAGCAUCUGGGCCCAGCCCUUGGAGGAGGUGGGGGAGGCAACACCAGCAGCAGUGGCCUUCCCUUGGGUCCCGCACACAGAGACGCCAUCGGCCGGAGUGGUAUGAUUUUACGGAGUCCCCGGCCAGACUUUCGGCCUAGGGAAGCUUUUCUCGGCAGAGACCCAUUCCACAGUUUAAAGAGACCCCGGCCACCUUUUGUUAGAGGCCCUCCGUUCUUUGCACCAAAACGCCCAUUCUUCCCUCCCAGGUACUAAUGGAAAUCAGGGAAGGCAUUUUGAACAGUCUAGAGAGCAUUGGAAGUAGUAGUUUGGUUUCUUGUUUUUGUUUCCUCUCUUGAAUUUUUUGUUUGUUUGUUUGUUUGUUUUUAAUGAAGGGCCUCCCUUCCAAAUUCAAAAAGCAUACAUGGUGGCCGUGCACUUAGGACCUUUCCCAAAUUACUUGCAUUUUCCCCCUUUCUUAAAAAAAAAAAAAGUAAACAUAACUAAGUCCACUUCAUUUGACUGUGGGUUUGGG